GGAGGGUACCCGGCGCGGAGCGGGGCCGUUGUUGCCAAGGCGACGGGAGGCGGCGGUGCGGGGCCGCGGGGCAGGCUUAUCUACGAUGAGACAUACCGGUAACGGUUAGCGAUGGGUGACGUUCUAGCUUAUGAAGCCGAGUUACUCGAACUAGUAAGAGAGUAUUUGGAGUUUGCCGAGUUCGAAGAAACAGCGGAAGUAUUUACGAAGGAGUGUAAAAUAAAAGGGAAGACACUACCCAAGCCAGCAGGUGUUCCUUCAAGAGACUCACAAGCUUUGCCAGUUCAGAAAGAUCUGCUUGCAGCAUUUGAUAAUGGUGAGCAGAAAGUUUUCUUCCAGCUCUGGGAGGAGCACAUUUCACCUUCAGUUUGUGACAACGAACCAGCUGCUCAGAAGCUGGAGUUCUAUCUUCACAUCCACUUUGCCACCUACCUCUUGAAACACUCUGUGGAAAAGCCUGACAAAACUGUACAUGAGGAAAGGAUUUCUCAUUUUAAGGCAUACCUGGAAACCAAAGGAGCUGCACUGAGCCAGACUACAGAGUUUCUUCCCUUCUAUGCUUUGCCUUUUGUUCCAAACCCGAUGGUACAUCCUUCCUUUAAAGAACUUUUCCAGGAUUCUUGGACGUUGGAUUUAAGGACAAGGUUGGAACAGUUCCUGUCUCUGACUCUCAAAGCCAGACAGACUCCUCGGCUUCUUACUUUAUUUAAGGAGAGUGGACAGUACAAUAAAGAAAUGCUGCAACAUCUUCAUCAACAGUUAGUGGAAUCUGAACACAGGACCAUGACCUGCCUGAAACGCUUUAACAAAAUGCAGACAGACUACCAUAAUCUCAUUGGAGUCACUGCAGAGCUGGUGGAUUCCUUGGAGGCCACAGUCAAUGGCAAGAUGAUCACACCAGAGUACCUUCAAAGCAUUUGUGUCCGCUUGUUUAGCAAUCAGAUGAGACAAAGUGUUGCACAUAGCAUUGACUUCACAAGGCCUGGAACUGGAUAUUACUCUAUGAGCCCUUGUGAUGACGAAUAUGCUUCCACAAUGUUAAGAGCAUCUUUAGCUCCGGCGAAGAUGCAGGAUGUGCCAUUGUUGCCCUCUUUGGAUUAUGAGAAGCUGAAGAAGGAUUUGGUUGCAGGGAAUGAUCGUCUCAAGGCCUUCUUGCUGCAGGCUCUGCGCUGGCGCUUGACAACAUCAUAUCCUGGAGAGCAGAGAGACACUGUCCUGCAAGCCUACAUCAGUAAUGACCUCCUGGACUGCCACAGCAACUGCGAGGGAAAUGUCCUCAAAUUACUACAUUCUAAGAGUAAGGUUGUUAGACAGUAUAUGGCAAGGCUCAUCAAUGCUUUUGCUUCACUGGCAGAAGGUCGUGUCUACCUGUCUCAGAACCCAACGUUGCUGCAAAUGCUGGAGGAGAGACUGAAAGCUGAAGACAAGGAUUCCCUUACAUGGGAGAAUGUUCUGGGGGCUCUACAGAAAUUCAGUCUCAGGCGUGCACUGCAGUCAGCAAUGAUCAAGGAUGGGCUCAUUUGCUGGCUGGUUGAUGUUCUAAGAGAUGCAGAUUGCCUGUCUGAUUACACGCUGGAGUAUUCCGUUGCCUUGCUAAUGAAUCUUUGUCUGCGGAGUGCAGGGAAGAAAAUGUGUGCAAAGAUUGCAAACCGUGUGCUCAAAGUUCUCUCUGAUCUUCUUGGCCAUGAGAAUCAGGAGAUACAACCAUAUGUGAAUGGAGCACUGUACAGCAUUCUUGCCAUCCCUUCUGUCAGAGAGGAAGCCAGAGCAAUGGGAAUGGAAGAAAUUCUGCGCUGCUUUAUCAAGGAAGGAAAUGCAGAGAUGAUCCGACAGAUUGAAUUUAUUAUCAAGCAGCUCAAUUCAGAUGAGCCAUUAAAUGACAGUAUUGCAUCUGAUGAUGAAGAGGAAGAGAAGGAUGAGGAAGAGGACCAUGACAUCAUGGAGGCUGAUCUGGACAAAGAUGAAGUUUUGCAGCCUCAACUGGGAGAGCUUGUGGGAGAGAAGCUGCUGACAACUGAGUACUUGGGAAUAAUGACUCAUACUCCAAAAACCAAGAAGAAGCUGUCUCCUGGUGUUCAUCAGAGCAUAGAUGAGCCUCUCCAGAGGCCCGUGACGCCAGGUCAUCACAGAACUGUGUACCUAAUGCCAGAAAACGAUACCAAUUCUUGUCAUGACAGGGAUGAGAAGCUUCAGUCUUUGCCAAGUGGUCUUCCCCCUGUUUGUGGUGGGAGCAGGUCCAGCGUUUCUGACCUCUGCAUUUCCCCUUCAGUUGAAAUGAAGUCAUCUAAAGCAUUCUCACCAGGCCACAGAAUGGGCCAAAGCAUUGCAGCUGGUGAUGGUGUCUUGUCUUCCCAAUCCAUUGACUUCACGGAGGAGGAAGUAAAUGGGCAAUUGCACAGCGAGUUCCCCUCAGCCUUCACCAGCAAACCUAAGAUCCCUCGCACUCCUGAAGUGCAGAGUGCCAGCCCCAGAAAGGGAAAGGUCCCAGCCAUUGCCCCCCAGUUCUCUCAGCCUGGACCCCAACAAACAAGCUGCCCCAGCUCCUCAGGAUCCUCCACGAGGAGCAGACAGAGCAGCCAGUCCUACAGGAAGUGAGAACAGUUCCUUUCCUCGAGAAUCACCUGUCACAUUGCUGAAGGACAGAGCCAGCUUCCUGUAAUGAGCUUUACUGGCGAGGAGAGAGUGAGGUUACUGACACUGCAGAGCAUACGCCUUGCACGGUGAUUCAGGGAUUAUCUGAUGGGAUUCAUUGCUUGUCGUCUCUACAGCUGGCUAAGACAAGGGCCUUGUUAUUACAAGGUCUCAGCAGCAGCCCAGGAGUGAUAUGGGAGAUGGAUAUAGUCCCAGUGUCUGCAACAGUUUGUUCUAAAGUCACAUUGCCACCUUGAGAAGAAACUCUUUAUGCUCUGCCUUCUAUGUCAGAGUAAAUAGCCUUUGGAGAUGGUAUAUAGGACUCGGCACAGGAGCUUGACCAAGCAACCAUCUUUAUUAACACAUUGCUUUCUGAACCAGACUGCCACAAAUUAUGCUUUUGUGAAUGAGUUUGGAGUCAUCCAUGUUCAAAGGAUCUGCACUAGAAGGGAAAACACACACCAUAUGUGCAGAGCCUCACUGCCUGGAGCAGUCUUGUGUGGAGUGAGAUCUGUGUUUGGUCACCAGGCUAGAGAAAAAAGUAUUUCAUCAACUUCUGACUGACCUGUGCCAGUUAAAAACCACUGUGCCAGUGCCCAAGGCAGUGUCCAUGCUCAUCUCUGAGGAUCUGAUCAGCAGCUUUAGCUGCAGCUGCUUUCUUCUUAUGUGUUUUUCUUAAUUCUACCAUUUAACAGCUGUGGAAUGAAUAAUCUAUUUUUGUUUCACUGGAAUAAAGAAUUUUGUUUCUUUAUUCAUAGAAAAAAACCCAUGAGAAUGUGAACAGAUCAGAAGCAGUUUUCUCUCUAAGUGUAGCUAUGGACAAAUUUCUUUGGUCUUUCUUGCUUGUUUUUUUAAGGUGCUUCACUUCUGAGCAACAACUGCUGAUGUCUUUAUGGAGUUUGUGCUGAUCUUCAGUGAAUAUGAGGUGCUGGCUAGGCAAGAGAGGUCAGGAAGCCCUCCACUAAAUGAAAUAACAGCAGUUAGUUCUGCCAGUGAAUUAGGAAGGUUUCUUGUUCUUUCUCU